CUUAAAAAUUAUGAUGACAUUUAUCAUCCCUUUAAUCCUUUGUGUUUUUUCUUUCCUCUAGAAUGUCCAUUCAUUUGUUUUCGAAAAGAUGCCUCAAACAUAAAAUUUUAUAUGAUACAGAUAAAACAGAUGAAUUUAUCCGACGAUUUCAGUUAUUAAGAAAUUUCAAUACAGAUAAUACUCAAUCGGAUUUAAGUUCUGAUCUUGAAGCAAGCAUACUGGACUUUCUUCGGUAUUAUGAAACGAACAAAACUUACAUUGAUAUCUGUAAAAGUUACCCGAUUCUUAUGGAGGAUUUACCCAAUAUUUGUUUCCAAGAAAACAUUGAGACUGGUGGAACUGUACGCGAAGUAUUUAAGACCAUAAGCGCCUUGAAACCAACUGCCCUGCCUCAAUUAAUACUUUUCAUUCUUUACCAAACUUGCUCUUAUAAGACAAAUUCACCUGAAAUCAUAAAACAGAGCCAAGAAGAGAAGAGAUUAGUAUUUUGUUCAUCUUUGGCAUAUUUCUUACACCAUGCUUCCCAACUGAGAAUAACUAUAGAUGGCAAGCAACUUAUGGAAGUGAUACCUGAAAAAUUGACACAAUUAUACUCUAAAUACAUAUUCUUCUCCGAACCGAGAUGUGUUCUUAUCUUGAUCCAAAGUGGUCUGAGAUUUCGUACAGACAGCGCUCUACAGCCUAUUCACCCCAUUUUUCAGAGCGUUGCCAAACAACUAUUGUGGUACAUAAAAACACCUACGAGCGAACAAGAGGAUCCGCUUACAAAUAUGCUCUUGAACUGUUAUUUUCAGGGUUUCCUUCGGUUUCGGAGAAAUCUACAGAUUCUAUUGAAAGUGACAAAUAAUCCUCAGAAAGUUGUUUUUGAAUUACCUUUCAUUAUGGCAACUUAUUUUCCUGGCUCCAGUAUUGAAGAUAUAAGAAAUCGGUUGAAAUAUAUGUUUCCGGAAUUGAACCUUGAGCUGAAAGCACCAGCCACUCUUCAACAUACUUGCCGCUGGGGGAUUCGGGAAUCUCUAUUGCGUAACUGGAAUUUGCCUUAUGGUAUCUGGAACUUACCUCUACCACGCUCUAUCAAAAAAUUCAUCAAUUUUUCUAAUGAAUAAAUGAAUACAUUUAUUUAAUUACUUAUUUAAAUAAGAAGGAAGACGCCUGUGAAAUUUUCAUAAAGCUGUCUUCUUACUUUUACAUAAUUUAGCACAAACACAUUUCU